AUGCAUGACGAUGCCGCCUUCAUCUCGCCCCCCUCUGCGGCUUUGGCGUUCAAGGGCGCGAGCUGGGACUGCCUUGGAGAUGCAACGAAGUCCCUUUCUUGUGGCAAGGCCUUCUACUUCGAUUCCCGUGGCGACUUGGUUCUGAAGGUGGGCGAAGCCUUUCACGAAGGCGGACGCGACUUCGUCGUCUGUUCGAGGACUGUUGCGCGAUGGUCCAAGGUCUUCAACGCCAUGUUCUUCGGCGGUUUCGCGGAGUCUAUCUCUUCAGCUCGCGACGGUACGUGGACAGUUGCACUGCCUGAGGACAGGGCGGCUCCCCUCUUUCUCAUCCUGGCCAUCAUUCAUGGCACUCACCAGCCCAUACCGAUGGGUUUGGGACGCGAUGAGCUCUUUGACCUCUUGAUAGUGACAGAGAAGUACGACAUGACACAUGUUCUUCGACCGUGGGCUUCUCAGUGGGUUCAGAAUUUGCCCCUCGAUAACUACGAGAACACUACGGGCCAAUACCGCGACGUGUGGAUUGCCUGGGAGCUAGGUUGCGAAGCUAGCUUUUGCAAGAUGCUCAAUGACAUCUUGUGGGACUGUCGCGUGGACGAUGCUGGUCAGCUCAUUAACGUCCACGGUGUGCCUCUGAGCACAAUUCCAUGCCUGGAGCCCUCCAGCAUUCUUGGUAUGAAGCCCAUCGGCUAA